ACAGGGGAUGAGGGUAAAGAAAAGAUGGUCUGAAGUGGGUGAACCAGUUUGCAGUCUCGUUCUUGAAGGCCCCGCGAGAACUUGGAUGGGGUCUGCACGAUUUGAAGAAUUAAGGAGGAAACAUGUACGGGCAGGACUUUAAAGAAGGACUGGGUGUGAACAUAGAACUAGACGUGGACUUCAACUAUGCCGAGCCCAAAGUUGGCACCCAGGGUCAUCGGAGCAGAAAUGUGGGUGCAGAAACAGGGAGCAGGAACCUAACUGAGCACACAGAGCCUGGAGCCUUGGUUAGGGUACGGGGGACCAGAAGAGAGUUUCUGGUGCCAGAUGUUGAGCCCCCUCUCCUCCUGCUCCCAGCCUCCUGGGGCCUGCAGUGCAUGCAUUGUGAGAAGAGCGGCCGUUGUGAGGUGGAAGAGUGCCCUGGAGCCCAAGAUCUCUGCAGAACCACCGUCCUGCAAAUAUGGAAAGGAGGGAAGAAUCUGGAUACGGUGGAGAGAGGAUGCACCCACCCAGAGAAGACCAAUAGGACCAUGAGCUACCGGACCGGCCUGCAGAUUGUCACCCUUUCAGAGACUGUGUGCGGGUCCAACCUCUGUAACCAGCCCAUCUUUGACCGGCCAGUUUCCUUUCCCCGAAGCCGGUACCUCGAGUGCUCCUCCUGUGCCUCAUCAGACCUCAGCUGUGAGAGGGGCCGGGCCCAGGAUCUGCAAUGCCGAAGCCCUGCAGAGCAGUGCGUGGAGGUGGUGACCCACAGAAACCUGGAAGGAGGCCCAAGAGAUGAAAACCACAUCCGUGGCUGUGGCAACCUUCCUGGUUGCCCAGGCCCCACUGGCUUCCAUAACAACCACACCUUCCACUUCCUGCGCUGUUGCAACACUGCCAAAUGCAACGAGGGCCCAGUCGUGGAGCUUCAGGACCUGCCAGUGAAUGAAUUCCAGUGCUACAGCUGUGAGGGGAACAGCACCGAUGGAUGCUCCGUGGAAGAGACUGCCCUCAUCACCUGUCGGGGUCCCAUGAACCAGUGUCUGGAGGCCUCUAGCAGCCACGAGCUGGGGACCCCAAACUACAUGCUCAGAGGCUGUGCCACCCCCUCCUGGUGCCAAGGCCCCCAUGUGGCUGAAGUCUUCGAGCUGACUCAUCUCAACAUCUCCUGCUGUACCGGCAGUGGCUGUAAUGGUCCAGCUCGGGAUAUCCAGACCCGAAGCAGGGCUGACCCCCUGCCUGCCUCCUCUCACCUCAGCUCCACUGUCACCCUGCUUACGGUUGCUGUCCUGUGGGGAGGCACUCUCUUCCGGACCUGAGCCCCUCACCCCCUGCCCUGGCUGGAUCCAGAGGACCCCGAUGCCGUUCCCUUCCCUCUAGCACCCGCGGUCUUGCUGUGUGACCUCAGGCCAAUGUGCUGCUAUCUCUGAGCCUCUGUUACCCCCCAGUAUCAAAACAUCAGUCUGAAGAAUUGUGAGAACCAGAGGAGGAAAGCUGGAGGAAGGCUGCGGGCCAGCGGGAAAGCUGUUAUUGUUGUUGUCGCCGCUGUUGUUAUUAAUUAAUAUUUGUAUUAUUUAAUAUUUUAUAUAUAAUUAAAGAUUUUUGUAUCAGGGAACUGGC